AUGACACAGGAAACCGUUCCAGGAUCAAAGCCAGAGUCGGCAGGCUCGCAAAACAAAAGCAUAAAACAGGAUAAAGUCAUACCUUCCAUUUUACAAGUUUCUCGUCCGUUUUUUACGCUAGCUGAACUCUCACAUCUCCAUGCGGCGACAAUACCUGAUGUGAAAAAAUUGGCUUAUAAUCAAAGGAAACAUCAAAUGUACCAGUUUUUAUUCCAAGUGGUACGGAUAUUGAAAUUCCCUUUGCGUGUGUUAGGUACCUCUAUGAAUUACUACCAGCGCUACUAUUUAUUCAACUCCUUUGAGGAACCUAAGGACCAAAAUCCAGACAAUGAUCCAGUGACUGAAUUUGAAAAGGACCCGUAUAUGGUUGCCUAUACUUGCAUUUUCUUAGCUACGAAAAAUGAAGAUUGCAUCAAAAAGUUGAAGGAUAUACAAACUGUUGCGAACAGACUUCGAGAUAUUGACCAGGAGAGUAGAAACUACUCCCCUUCAUGCAACUCUGCUCUGCCGACAUUAUUUGAGGUUCAGCGAAAAGUCAUAAUGUCUUUAGAGUUCAAACUUCUUCAAGUUUUGAAGUUUGACUUCAUCGGGGGAGCAGCGAACAUUCCCUCAGUGGACCAAUUGGUGGUGAUAUUUUCAAAGCAACUCAAUCUUGACUACAAAUUAACGUUUUUCUCGUGGCUUGUGUCAUUUGACAUUAUGUCAACGCCCCUCUCUUUGGUUAUCCCACCUCACUGUAUAGCAUUGGCGAUUGUCAUUGUUACAUUGAACUUUAAACCUAGGGACAUUAAGGUCGAAGAAGGUGGCGAAAUAACUCCCACGAAAACCGGCGAAAUCUUGGAAAACCUUGAUUGUAUGGGUGACUUUCACUGUCCAGAGACUUUGGUUAACGAAGGUAUCGUCUACAUCUUGGACUACUAUGUGCACCAAAUGAACUUCCUGAUUUUGAAUGAGUAUAUGCCUGCUAUCAAUCCUGAGACAGGAAAGGAACAGCUUUUUAAAUUUAUGGAUCUUAAGUCACGCUUCAAUGACUUGAAAGUUCUUAGUGAACAGUCAGUAUCUAUUGUUCCUAUGCUAAAGCAGGAUAACUACUUACGAAAGUGGGACUAUGCAGUGAGUUCAAAAGGCUCCUCCCGCUUCAUGACAAGCAAUAAGAGAAGGCGCUUUGACUCGGAGUAUAAUAUUUUGCGCCCUCCUAAGUAG